AAUGGUUAGAUAACUAGAAUGCGGACUCUUCAAAAUUUUUAGUGUAAGAUUCAUCAUCGUUAAUAAAGAAGCAGAUCAGUGUAGCAAACGUCUUCGCAAUUUGCUUUAUCAAACGUGUACGAAUGGAGGUUCUACAGUGCCGUUGGAUUGUCUGAAUUCACAGUGCAAUCUGUAUUUAAAUGUGAGGCAAAGUGAAAAUGGCUAAUCGCGAAUUAUGAUAACGCAGCGGAUAGAAUGCAGUCUGUCAUUCUACGUAUCUCAUGUCGCACCUGACUCAGACACCAUCCGAGGAAGCCAUACUGCUAACCCGAGGGUACAAGCUGCAGAGAAAGCUCGGCGAGGGUUGUUAUGCGAAAGUAUACUUGGCUGACUAUAAAUCGGAACAUGAAUCAGAGAAGAACAGCAUCCUGGCCUGCAAGAUCAUCGACACUAUGAAUGCACCGAAGGACUUUGUUCGGAAAUUUCUACCGCGUGAGCUGGACAUUCUCGUGAAACUGAACCAUCCGCACGUCGUACAUGUGCACAGUAUCUUCCAGAGGCGCAGCAAGUACUUCAUAUUCAUGCGUUUUGCCGAGAACGGUGAUCUUCUUGAUUUCGUACUGAAGAAUGGCGCGGUAAUGGAGAAUCAAGCCCGCGUGUGGUUCCGGCAGCUAGCUCUAGGCCUCCAAUAUCUGCAUGAGAUGGAGAUAGCGCAUCGUGAUCUCAAAUGCGAGAAUAUUCUUCUCACGUCGAAUUACAACGUUAAAUUGGCGGACUUUGGUUUCGCCCGUUACAUGAUCGACAGUCGCGGCAAGCGCGUCCUUAGCGAUACGUAUUGCGGUUCGCUAUCGUACGCGGCACCAGAGAUUCUCCGUGGUUACCCGUACAAUCCAAAGAUAUCCGACAUAUGGUCGUUGGGUGUGAUCCUCUAUAUACUACUGAAUAAAGCCAUGCCGUUCGACGAGGACAACAUAAAGCAGUUGUACGAGUUGCAGAUAGCGCGCAAAUGGAAGUUUCGUAGCAAAGUAAUAAAUAUUUUGACCGAUCACGUGAAGAAGCUCAUUAGUAAUCUGCUCGAGCCGGACUUGUCGAAACGCUGGCGUCUGGAUCAGAUCGUGCAGAGCAACUGGAUCGCCAUGGAUCCACGCCUUAUGGUGCUUACACCCGCGGAGCAAAUCGCGCUAAAUAAUGCGAUCGAGGAGCGCAAGAAACAUGAAGAGAAGUUCGCAAGAAGGGAACCGAAACGGAUCAGAAUCGAGGAGACGAAAAAGAUCGACGAGUUCAAACCCAAUGAAAUGGAAGAAAUAAUGGUCCUAAAAGACGUUGUGAAAGUAUGUGUCCUUACAAUUAAUUAUAUUCUAAAGUAAAAUUAAAUGGCAAAACUUUUUUAUCUUUUUCUUAGGCAGCAGCUUCAACGAUCAUAACAGUUUAACUUAAAAAUCUUGGUCCUUUUUGAUCUGUGAUUCACCUUUUUAUACAUGUUUUUAUCUUGCACAUGAUAAUAAAUUAGAAAUAAUUUGAUACACCG